GAGUAAAUAUUACAUCUCACCAGUGUUUACAUAUGGCUUUGUGUGUGCCUCAUUUUGGAUGAGCCUGUGUCAAGUGAACAAUACCACAGAAGGCUUCAAAUAAGGUAAGCAUGACUGAGGGAGAAGAACAGGAGGAGGAUCCAGUGGAAAUACCACCACAAAACAGACAGAAGAGUAAAGUGAUGAUCUGCCAACGCUGCAUUCCAGUUUUGAUAGUCUUGGUGCUGUUGGGUGGAGCUGGAGCAAUAAGUUGGUAUUUCUUAGACUAUAGAUCGCGAUAUCUGGAUUCUGCUCAUCUGCAUUUCUACUCUGGAAGCUUGAGGAUCAUCAAUCGGCAGUAUUCCCAGGAUCAUGGGAGAAUGGAAUCCAGAGCUUUCUGGACAGAGAGAUCAAAGAUACAGAAGAUGUUAAAUGACUUAAUUCGUGCCACUAACCUGGCCUCUUUCUACAACUCCAGUGCUGUCUAUGCCUUUGGAGAAGGGUCUUUGACAUGCUUCUUCUGGCUCGCCCUUCAAGUCCCAAAAGGUCAGCAUGUGGAGGUGACAGUGGAAGAAGUAAAAGAUACACUCUAUAAUGAACUUCUUACCAGCUUCAACAGAACAGGUUACCUGUCUUAUCAGAGUGAAUACAAAAUUGAUCCACAAUCUUUAAUUAUAUUGGAAUCCAGUCUCAAAGACAUAAUGGUGCUGAAAUCCACCUUGGGCUGCUAUAGGUACAGCUACAUCAGAGAGGAUGUGGUUCUAAAACUGAAGGGUCCAGACUAUGUAGCCUCCAGCUGCCUUUGGCAUCUCCAUGGGCCCAAAAGUCACAUGAUCAAGCUUCACCUGGAAUGGACUCUCUCGGAAUGCAGGGACCGGUUGGCAAUGUAUGAUGCAGCUGGGCCAUUGGAGAAACAGCUCAUCACUUCACUAUAUGGGUGUAGCCGGCAGGAACCUGUGGUUGAAGUUCUAUCUUCUGGCCCAGUCAUGUCUAUUGUAUGGAAGAAGGGGAUGUACAGCUACUAUGAUCCGUUCAUACUCUCUGCUCAGGCGGUGCCCUUUGAAGCCUGCCAGAUGAAUCUAAUGCUGCAAGAAAGCUGGGGACAGCAAGGGAACAUCAAGACCCCUUACUACCCAAGUUACUAUGCACCAAAUACACAAUGCACUUGGCACAUGAUGGUCCCCUCUCUGGAAUAUGGAGUUGUUCUUUGGUUUGAUGCUUAUACUCUCCAGAGGCAGAAGUACGACCUUCUAUGUACUCAAGGCCAAUGGACCAUCCAGAACAGAAAAUUCUGUGGUCUGCGGAUUUUGCAAGCCUAUGCUGAAAGAAUACCUGUGAUGUCUAGAGCUGGUGUCACCAUCAACUUUACUUCUCAGAUCUCCCUAACAGGGCCUGGAGUGUCGGUUGCUUACAGUCUGUAUAAUCAGUCAGACCCAUGCCCCAGAGAAUUUCUUUGCCUUGUGAAUGGUUUAUGUGUGCCAGCUUGUGAUGGAAUUGAAGACUGCCCCAAUGGACUAGAUGAGAGAAACUGUGUUUGCCCUGCAAAAUUUCAAUGUCAAGAAGACAGCAUGUGCAUCCAGUUUUCCAAGCUCUGUGAUAAACAUCUGGAUUGCAUCAAUGGGAGUGACGAGGAGCAAUGCAAUGAAGGGAUCCCUUGUGGUCUCUACACUUACCAAUGUGCUGAUGGGAACUGUGUGAAGAAGCCCAACCCUCAAUGUGACUCAGUCCCUGAUUGCAAGGAUCAAUCGGAUGAAAUGCAUUGUGACUGUGGCGUGCAGGAGAUGGCAACACACAGAAUUGUUGGUGGGGCUCAUUCUGUGGAAGGGGAGUGGCCUUGGCAAGCAAGUUUGCAAGUGCGUGGGCACCACCUUUGUGGGGGGACGUUGAUUGCAGAUCGCUGGGUGAUCACCGCAGCUCACUGUUUCCAGGAAGACAGCCAUGUUUCCCCCACAGUCUGGACCGUAUACCUGGGCAAGCACUUUCUGAACGUCAGUAGCCACAAUGAGGUUUCCUUCAAAGUGAACCGCAUCUUGCAGCAUCCCUACUAUGAGGAAGACAGCCACGACUAUGACGUGGCUCUGUUGCAGCUUGACCACCCAGUCAUCUAUUCUGCUUUCAUCCAGCCCGUCUGCUUGCCUGCCAGCUCCCAUCUCUUUGAGCCUGGCCUCUUGUGUUGGGUCACAGGCUGGGGUGCAGUCAAGGAAGGAGGCCCUACAAGCAAGAUUUUGGAAAAAGUGGAUGUGCAAUUAGUUCAGCAAGACAGCUGCAGUGAAGCUUAUCACUAUCAGGUCUCUCCCAGGAUGCUUUGUGCUGGCUAUCACGAGGGCAAAAAGGACUCCUGUCAGGGAGAUUCUGGAGGACCUCUUGUCUGCCAGGAAGCCAGUGGCAAAUGGUUUCUAGCUGGUGUGGUGAGCUGGGGAAUGGGUUGUGCACGUCCCAAUAACUAUGGAGUGUAUACCAGAAUUACUAGUUUGAAGGAAUGGAUGAAACAAACUAUGUCAAACUGAGCAUGGUUCUAAAUCCCACCUUUUAUUACAAGGAAACACUAUUGAGGAGACAUCUUUUGUCCUUGUCCCACUGUUUCAAAUAGCCAAAACUGUGGAGACAUCCCACCUUACAUCUGGCUCCUGUUGCACCUGAGAUUCAAGUUCUGGUCUUUAAGGAUGUUUUAGUGUGUGAAGAAGCCUAAGGCGGCCACUGAAGAAAGAUUGUUGAAAAUAAAUAUAAAAUUUGAGAUGUUCUUCCAAUGAAACAAUAGAGAGGUAUGUUGUCCUCCUUUAAAAGGUAUUGACUGUAGGCUGGUCCUUAUAUUAGUUUGGAUGAAAAAUCCAAGGCAUUAGGAAAAUUGGUUCUCUUUUAAUCUUAAAUGUGGAAGUAGAAAUUGGAAGUCCAUCUAGUUUUUCUUGUAUUAUUUAAAAAUCAAUUCCCAAACGGUAGUGACCACAAUACUGAGAAAUGGGAGGAGCUGUUUGUGUAAUGUUAAGCGAAGAGCAUCAGGUAAAUGUUGUGUUAUUACUUACAUGACUCAUGCCUUAUCUACGUACUGAUUAUUUGAAGAAAAUUAUGCAUGGAUUUUCCUACUGCUAAGAUUAUUGGAGUUUUCAAUGGACGUAUCUGGAAAGAAACACUCAAUGAGCAGAAAACAAAUGUAUUUCAAAGUGACAUCAUUAUCCAACAGCAGCUUCACCCCAAACUAUGGUGUGGAUGAGGUAGGAGGAGAGGCCUCUUAAUUUAAGUCUGGUAAUAAAAAUCUUUUAAAUGCCAAAUCAGGAGACUGAUUUGACUCCCUGAGACUGUUGUCCCAUGUGUUGGCAUAAUAGCCUUGCUUGCACAAAAUGGCCGACUUGGUGAUCUCUUUCCUUGGCCAACUGAUCCACCAUCAUGUCCUGACUGGGCACAAUAUCUGACAGCCAUUUCCUUUAGUUCUCUGGGAAACAAGUGGGCAGCCAGAUCAAAACAAGCUGCUUCUACUUUAAGGCAUCCAGGUAGAUUGACUCCCUUUGCAAAAUUAAGAUUCUCUGCCUUGCAUGAGAUCAUUUCAUCGAUCUGGACUGAGGAGCAGAGCUCUUUUGCAGUCAGAAUGUUUACUGCAAAUUUAAAUAAGAUUUCAGGCUCCCUACAUCAUUUGACAGCAAAAGAGAAAUUCUGUCAAUAAAUGCAAAGGAUCUUGUAACCGAAUAACCUCAGCUCAUGUUCAGCGCUAUAGCUU